UAAAAGCUAAAGUAGUAGUGCAACAGCACCUUAAAGGAUUAAUGGCUUCAAGCAACAGUAGCAAUACAAGAACCUUAUGUGAGAAAUUGGCUCUGCAUUACAAUAGCAGUGCAACAACUUCAU